UGCCCUCUCCCUCCCCGCUCACGUCUCUUAAAGCUCAUUUCCGUGACGAUCUGAAGCUUUUUUCUCCGGCACGAUGAGAGACGCCAGUAGCGCAGCAGCGGGACGAACCGAACCGAGCCGCUCCUACCGGACCUGAGCUCUCUCCAGCUUCGGCAGGGAAGCAAACCUAUAUAGCAAAAGGGAUUUAAUUCAUAUAAAUUCUUCUUCGUCUCUCUCUUCUUCUUUUUGAGAGAGCGAGAGAGAGCGAGGGAGAGAGAGAUAGAGAGAGAGAGAGAGAGGAGAGGGAGCACACAGGAGACGGAGGUGGAGAGGGAAAGAUCCAACAGUCUUUAAACUGGUCUUAUUUCGGAUGCUCUGGUGAAGGAAGCCAGCGAUCGGAGGCAGCCAGGGACCACCCGUCUCCAAACCCGCUGGAGAUGUAAAGUUGGACAUCACUUAAACCGAGUAGGUAUCAGCUGCCUUGGUUGUUCGGAAUAGACGGACAUUGGGAUUGAUUGCCAAAGCCGAGACUGGAGAUAAGGGUGGGAGGAAAGCAAUACAAAGUGAGCUAUUCAUGGAAAAUUGCGAGGACUUUUACCCGUCUCAUCUGGGGAAAACAGGAUUUUUGUUCGAGGGUUUUUGUCUCUGUGAUUCGUUUGCAGGGUCCAGAUGCCAAGUGCUGUGAAGUGGCUCAACUUCAUCAGGACUCGUCGGAAGGAUGCUGUGGUUUACCCUGCUAAGCACAAUAGCUUUAGGAUGGACUACGCCGAUCCCUCUGUUGGACGAGUCGGAAGAAAUAGACGAGCCUUGUUUUGACCCUUGCUACUGUGAAGUCAAGGAGGGGUUUUUCCACGUCCACUGCGACAGCAAAGGAUUUACAAACGUCAGCCAGAUAUCUCAGACGUGGACGAGGCCCUUCAACCUCAAUCUACAGAGGAACUCUAUGCGCAAAUUGUAUUUUAACAGCUUUUUGCACCUCAACAAUGCCGUUGCUCUCAAUCUGGGGAACAACGCGCUGCAGGACAUACAUGUAGGCGCGUUCAACGGGCUGAGCAGUUUGAAAAAGCUCUUUCUACACGAAAACAAACUAGAAGUGUUCCGAAAUGACACCUUUAUGGGGCUGGAAAGCCUCGAGUAUCUUCAGGCGGAUUACAAUGUCAUCAAGAGGAUAGAGAGCGGGGCGUUUCGGAACCUGCACAAACUCAGAGUGCUUAUUUUGAACGACAAUUUGAUACCCGUGCUACCCAAUUUAUUAUUCAGGUCCGUGUCGCUGACGCAUCUUGACUUACGCGGCAACCGCUUAAAAAUUCUGCCCUAUAAAGGGACCUUGGAAUACAUCGGGCGCAGCUUGAUGGAAAUUCAGCUGGAGGAGAAUCCGUGGAACUGUGUGUGCGAUAUAGUCCAGCUUAAAACGUGGCUGGAGCGCAUUCCUUACACUGCGCUGGUUGGCGACAUUACGUGUGAAAACCCCUUUCAUUUGCACGGCAAGGGCCUUCGGGAGAUCAAGAGGAGCGAACUUUGUCCGUUGCUUUCCGAAGCCGAGCUGGAGGCCAAGCAUGGCAUUCCCAGAAUACCGUUUAAUAGCGAUAACGUCUGGCCCACCAAGCCUUCGUCGAUGCUGUCAUCUUUUCAUAACACCGCCUCCUCGGUGGAGUACAGAGAGAGGCACGUAAAACCAACCAAGCGGCCCAGACCCACAAAAACGCCUCCCACACCUCGUAGCAUCUACCCAGGGCUGAAUCAACCCCCGGUCGCAGCCUAUCAAACGAGACCCCCCAUACCAAUCAUUUGCCCGACGGGAUGCACGUGCAAUUUACAUAUCAAUGACUUGGGUCUCACCGUCAUUUGUAAAGAGAAAGGCUUUCACAACAUUUCCGAGCUGCUGCCACGGCCACUCAACGCCAAGAAACUCUAUUUAAGUGGAAAUUUGAUUCAGAAAAUUUACAGGUCGGAUUUUUGGAACUUCUCGAGUUUGGAUUUAUUGCACUUGGGUAACAAUCGCAUAUCGUACGUUCAAGAGGGCGCCUUCAUGAAUCUGCCCAACUUGAAAAGUUUAUACUUGAAUGGCAACGACAUCGAGAGGCUCACCCCUGGCAUGUUUCGCGGUCUGCAAUCGCUCAGUUACCUGUACUUCGAGUACAACGUCAUUCGAGAGAUCCACCCGGCCGCGUUCAGCCUCAUGCCGAACCUGCAGCUGGUUUUCCUCAAUGACAACCUGCUGCGCACCCUGCCCGUGGACGCGUUCGCCGGCACCUCCCUCGCCAGGCUCAACCUGCGCAACAACUACUUCCUGUACCUGCCCAUUAACGGUGUGCUAGAGCACCUCCACUCCAUCGUUCAGAUCGACCUGCACCAGAACCCUUGGGACUGCUCUUGCGACAUCAUCCCGCUCAAGCAGUGGAUCGAGAAACUAAGCUCCGUCAUCGUCUUGGGGGAGGUCAUCUGCAAGACCCCCGAUUUCGCGCUCGGCAAGGAUCUACGCUCGAUCGAGGCCGAGGUUAUCUGUCCAGAGCUGAAAUUCACGGCGUCUUCUCCCGUGCUAUCCAACGACAUAACGGCAACCAGCGGCUCUGAGUUGGGAUACGCGCCUGCGACGGGAGCUGUCCCUCUCUCGGUGCUGAUUCUCAGCCUGCUGGUCCUCUUCAUCUCAGCCGUGUUCGUGGCCGCCGGUCUCUUCGCGUUCGUGCUGCAAAGGAGAAAGAAACUUCCCUUUAGGAAGCGACAGGAGGUGGACCUAACGGGCAUCCAGAUGCAGUGCAAAAUAUUCGAGGAGCGACAGAGCGUCUCGCCCGAGAAAGCGCCCGGUCACGUCUACGACUACAUCCCCCAUCCCGUUACGCAGAUGUGCAACAACCCCAUUUACAAACCGCGCGAGGGGGAGGUCGAGGGCGAGCAGUUCGCAGAAACCAAGGAAAAUAACAGCAACUAUCGAACUCUUCUGGAGAAAGAGAAGGAAUGGACGAUGGCCGUGUCCAACUCCCAGCUCAACACCAUCGUCACCGUCAAUCAGGCCGGUGACAUGGCGAGCUUUCACGAGAACGGAGUGCUCUGCCCCACCGUGAUUGACAGCCAGAGACCGACCCCGACGGUUGGUUUCGUAGACUGCCUUUACGGCACCGUUCCCAAAUUAAAGGACAUGCACGUUGCGCACGCACACCCCCCCGGAAUGCAAUACCCCGAUUUACAGCAAGACGCCAGAUUAAAAGAAACGUUACUUUUCACCACGGGGAAAGGAUUCCCCGAGCAAACCCAAAGCGAGUACCUCGAGUUAAGGGCCAAACUCCAAACCAAGCCGGAUUACCUCGAAGUCUUGGAGAAAUCGUAUAGAUUUUAAUUGAAUUGGAAGUCACUUUCACCCCCCCCCCAACAUGCCCAAAAACAAUGCGUAUCAAAAAAGAAGCAUGGCAAAGUAUAUGUAUCACACAAACACACUGAUACCAACACGCACACGCACACACACAUUUCCCCCAAUUCGCUUUGGAGGAAAGGCCAUAACUCAGAUUUUUCAACGAAGUGCCUUUUUCAGAGUAGCCAGCAAUGUUACCACCCAUUAUUUUUGUACGGAUUUGUUGGUGAGCGUAACUAUCAAAAGAUUAUUCAAAGAAGCCUUCAUGCGCCGGGGUUCGAGCCUGGCACCGUUUGUAGAUUAUGUGCAGUCUGCUGCAUGCAUCCAAACUGCAGAGGAGGGUAUUGAUCAAGAACUCCACCUGCUAUAGAGAUACGGCGUCCUAUUUACCCCACUCAGUGGUCUAUUUAAUUUUAUAAAGAAAGACAGCAGAGUUAUAUCUCAAGGACGCACACGAGGAUCAAUAUUUGUGAAUAUAUAGUGACACUUGAAGAUUUUAUGGAGUUCGACGCACUUUCUUAAGAAAAAUGCUUCUGGAUAUACGAUCACUAACGGCUUUUUAAGAAGCACUUUUAAUGUUUUCUCUCUCACACACGAAGAUUUGACAAAGUUAAAAAUGUGCAUAUAUUUAUUCUGUAAUUUCAGUGAAAGAAUUAAUUGUAAAGGUAAUGUUAAAUCAAUGUAUAGUGAUUAUGCGUCUGGUAUAGACUUCUUAAUAAAAAUACAAAGUCUUAAAUCCAAUAAAAAGGGUACAAAUGCAUAUUCUGUUUGUGAGAAGUACACUUCACGUGUUAGCAUGGCGCUUUGGUGACCGUUUUUACUCAUCAAAACGAAUGCUAAAAUGCACAUUAACCUGUCAAGGUGUAUCUGCUGCUAUCAGAAUGAGCCAGUCUGAUGUCCCUGCCUAUAUAAGAGACUGAACAAGAAAAGGAGAUCUUGGAUUAGAUAUGGUUCAUUCUGUAAGGUAUGUUUUUCUACCUGCCAAUAUCUGUCGACUGCAUUACACAACCACGAGAUGAUUUUAUGCAGCGUCACUUUUACAAGUGUCCACAAG